AUAAUCAACUUGUACAAAAAAAAAAACGAAAAUAAUGUGAAAUAGUUAUUUUUUAAAUAAAAUAAACCGUAAAAAAAAAAAAAAGAAAGAGGAGGAAAACAAAGAUCAGACGAUGACGGCGGAAUCGGGUGGGUCGAAGUUCGGUCUUCCCGAAGAUGUCAUCCAAGUGCUACCGUCAGAUCCGUUCGAGCAACUCGAUUUAGCACGCAAGAUCACCUCAAUUGCUUUAAUGACACGUGUAAACGCCCUUGAAUUAGAGUCGUCGGAACUUCGCGCCAAGAUCGCCAAGAAAGAUAGACUCAUCGAAGAACUUCAGUCUCAGCUUGAAUCCCUCGAUACCUCCCUCUCCGUAACCGCCGAUAACCUCGUCCGCGCCGAACAAUUUAAGGAGAGCUUGCUUAAGGAGAAUGCUUCACUUUCCAACACCGUCAGAAAGCUCAAUCGAGAUGUCUCCAAGUUGGAGGUUUUCAGAAGGACGCUUAUGCAAUCACUUCAGGAGGAUAGUGAUAAUUAUGGAGAAGCUCCAGACAUUGUUGCUAAAAUACAGAGUCAAACGAGUAUGAGUUCUUCGUCUCAAUCUGGAGAUAACGACGCUUCAUUGCCACCGUCUAUAUCUUCUUCAAUGCCCCGUGUUUCUGUUUCUGUCUCUGAUAGUGGAAAUUCUUUUGCCGAGGAUCAAGAAUCCGAUGCCAUAAGAGCUAGAGUGCCGUAUAAUAUACUCAUAGCAUCGCAAAGUACCACACCUCGGAUUACCCCCCCUGGUUCCCCUCCUAGUCUUUCUGCAUCAGUAUCUCCAACGAGAACAUCUAGACCCAUGUCUCCAAGGCGACAUUCCAUUUCCUUUUCAACCUCAAGAGGCAUGCAUGAUGAUAGGUCUUCCGUGUUUUCCUCGAUGACCUUAGGCCACGGUUCAAUAUCAAGUUCUGACCCAGUAACAGGAUCACAAGCUGGACGAGCACGAGUGGAUGGGAAGGAGUUCUUUCGCCAAGUCAGGAACCGCUUGUCUUACGAGCAAUUUGGUGCAUUCUUGGCAAAUGUUAAGGAGCUAAAUUCCCAUAAACAAACAAAAGAGGUGACUCUACAUAAAGCAGAUGAAAUUUUUGGGCCUGAAAACAAGGACUUGUACACUAUAUUUGAGGGAUUGAUCACACGCAAUGUCCAUUGACGUUGUGCUCCAACUCCUUGUAGCAACACCAUUUUUUCUUCAUUGUAUAUUAACAUGUUUAUUAACGUGUAAUAAAUUUUUUUUUAGCAAGAAAGCCUGUAAAAUUUGAAUCAACCGAAUGACAUUUCAUGACAGAGUUGCAUACUCCAUUUAUUAGUUCAUCCUAUGCUAUUUAAUGCGAGUCACUAGUAAUACUAGUACUUGAUUUUAAUGGUUGAGAUGAGUUU